CAUCCAAACACAAGCCUUACAAACAAUACCCAAACAACGACAACAAUCAGCACUGAAAACACUUCUAUCAAAGAUACAACGAGAAUCCAACAACCACAGAACAUUUAUGGCCAAAAUGUAUUGAAAACAAACGUCUCUCAGCAUACAACCAAUCAAAAGAGCGAGUUUAAAGUMUUCGAUUUACCUGCAAACAACAGGGGAAUAAACCCAGACGCAGACAUAAAUGGUUCGAUUAUUAAAACCCAACAUAUUAGCACAAAGGUCGAAAGCUCUGAUUUAGUCAUUCAUAGACUCCAAAACCAAAACCCCGUCCCCGGUAAAGCAGUGACAGCAAAGGAAUCUGUAACGAUGAGACAAACAAAUCACCCAAAGUAUUUAACGGAAAGUGUAAAUGCAGAAGACAAGAAGAGGAACUGGAGAAGAGAACAAAUGGAACAUAGACUUUCUACUGAGUUACUUCGUAAUGAACGACAACCUCUGAUGCAUGCCUCUGGACUUGCAUUAAAAUCGGUUAUGCCAGAAUUAUUUACAAAAAUUAAAGAGCGGGACCAGAAASAAAACGGGGACGUAGCCAUAGCAACAUAGAUUCCCUCCCCGAUCGAGAGACAUUCACAACAAAAACCUUGAUGGACUAUUCACCACUCAGAGAUGGUGGAAGAAAGUCUACUGGAAAGUCAUCAUGAAAGUCACGCAUCAUCGAUACAGAUGACCGGUGCCUAAAGACAUUGCAACAAUCUUGUGCUCACCCUGUUAACAUAAUGCAUAUCUAUGGCAAUAAUCAUCCAAUGUUACAUGCAACUUUACUAAACAAUCAAUAAUCAAAAUAAGAAAAAAGAAAAACACAAAAAACUUAGAGGCACCCACAACUAUGUGGGCAGAAUCUAGAACUGCUAUAAACCAUACMAACAAUCGCAAUUAAAGUAAAGCAUGUUAGUUAGCAAUCAUACCUUUGAAUGUAACCAGUUGGUCUGCGAUAAUAAAACCAGGAUAAAAUCUUAUCAGAUCAUUC